CGUAGGCGCACCUCGCGGGCAGCCGAGGCUGAGCGGGUCCAAGAGGAGCAGAUGAGCUUCUGGGCUACUUAGCUAAGCCUGGAAAAUGUUAAAACAUGACCGGGGAGAGGGUCGGCUCGCUCCUUACCAAGUAGAGGCAACAGAUCUGUAUCGCAGUAGCUAUGGAAUCUGAGGCUAACUUGUACCAUGUGGAGUUCCCAGACUUCUCCUGCUCCAUCCUCCAAAAGCUGAAUGAGCAGCGUCAGAUUGGUCAGCUCUGUGACAUCACGGUGGUCAUCCAGGGCCACCGCUUCCGGGCCCACAAGGCCGUGCUGGCGGCCAGCUCGCCGUACUUCUGCGACCAGGUCCUCCUUAAGAACAGCACAUGCGUGGUGUUGCCGGAUGUGAUGCACCCCGGCGUGUUCGACAGCCUGCUUCAGUCAUGCUACACCGGAUCGCUCUCGCUUCCGGUGGGGGAGAUAGUGGGCUUCCUGACUGCGGCCAGCUUUCUCCAGAUGUGGCACGUGGUUGACAAGUGCACCGAGCUCCUUGCAGGGGGUCAGGCCAUCCUGUGCCAGAAACCUGGCCCAGGUGGUGACCAUCCAUCUCCAGGUUACUGCAGCUACAACAGCCCAAGGGGCUCCCUUGACCUAGACCCAGCUCCCACACGCCGGCCGUGUGCCAAGAUCUCCGGCUACAAAGACAGGGAGAUGGAGCGAUUGGUGGAGAGCUGCUUCUCUCCUCGAGCCCUGGAGCGGGACGGUGUGCUCGCUACGUCUCCACCCUCUGAGCAGGACCAUGGGAGCACAGAGAUGGCCAGCCAGGAUGGGGAGGACGGAGGCAGUGACGUGACGGAGUACCGCUACCCCCGGUCCCUUUACAUCCGUCCCAGCAUCUUGUACCACAAGCGAAUGGUCCUGGUCAAGCCAGAGAAGAUGGAGCAGGAUGGCUGUGAGUUGGGUGGUGGGGACACAUUGGGGGCUGAGACUACCGAGGAGUUAGAUGGGAGGGAUCCUGAGGGAGUGAGCACCUUAGAAGAGGGAUUCACAUCAGUUGCUAGCACCAGCUCCCUUGAUGCCAGCAUGGAGGAGAAGCUAGAACUGGAGGAGGCGCAGGGAGGCAAGCACUCAUACGACGAACCCCUCGACUUUUAUGGUGCGUCUAUGGAGGAGUUCUCUGCUGAGAAAGUGGAGGCCCCUCCCAGUGCAUCCAGGGAGGAUGCUGAGGGUCCGGAGAGGGAAGAUGGCUCGGAGCCGGCCAGCGGGAUCCGGGAGGAGACCUCCCACUCGGGCUUUGCGGCCGUGGUCUACAAGCUGUACCCCUGCCAGUGCGGGAAGAGCUUCACCCACAAGAGCCAGCGGGACCGGCACAUGGGCAUGCACCUGGGUCUGAGGCCCUACGGCUGUGCUGUCUGCGGCAAGAAGUUCAAGAUGAAGCACCACCUGGUGGGCCACAUGAAGAUCCACACCGGCGUCAAGCCCUACGAGUGCAGCAUCUGCGGGAAGAGGUUCAUGUGGAGGGACAGCUUCCAUCGGCACGUGUCGUCUUGCACCAGGGCUCAGCAGGUCAAGCAGGCGGCCCAUAUCUGCUGAUCCCAUCUGCCUCAGCCUUGACAAAGCUGCUUACUACUGAGUUGGGGAAGGAAUAUAUCCUCCCCCCCCCCAAGUUUCAUGUUUGUUGCUGACAGGGACAGAGUUCAGUGGCGUCUGCGGUUCAUGAACGCUGUGGUCUAUGAACAAUUUGGUUCAUGACCAAGAAGUUUCAUGAAAAAAAUGCAUUGGUUCGCGUACAUAAUUUGGUUGACGAACAGAUUCCUCGACCAGAUUCCUUUUUUUAUACUAGUGUAGCACCGGCGGCGCACAUGUCCCAGCUAGGGUGACCACCUAAUCCAUGUCAGGAGGGACACUAUGAGCUACAUCAGCUUUUAAA